AGUACGGUGCCACGCCUCUCGAGAUUCCGCACCACAUUGAAGGCGCCAGUCUGCAGGACUGCCGGGCUAGAAUUGACCUGAUGAGGGCUCUAUCCAGCCCCACCUAUAUAGCCUUGACCUCGCCUGACCCCAUAGACUCCUGCUUCAAACUGUCUCAAAAAGUCAGGUGGUUAAGCGAAGCCGAACUCGAAUUAGCCGACGAGUACGUGAAAAUAGAAGAACAUUGCGAGAACCUUUCGGCCGAGUUUGUAAAUGCAGUUGAAGCUAGUGAUGACAUAAUGGUGUUGUUGAGCAUGACAGAAGGACCAGAUGGCAACCCAACUGUCGGCCAACCACUCUGUCGGCUAGAAAGGGCACUCAACGAGAGCCAUAAGUUGUUCGUAGCUCACUCGCAUUGUCAGUUGGCAUUGGCCGAUCAAUUUAUUACUGGUAUCGCAGGUUGGAGGCACAAAUCGUCAUCUGAGAAGCUACAGAUCACAAUCCUUAUGGUCCUAGGCACACCGCUUUGGGUCCUUUCCCUCGUCAUCUUGCCUCCCCUGACUCACGUGGACAGGUACCUGAACAUACCGCUUCUGAAGUUUGUAGCGAACCUUGUCAUGUAUCUUUCGUUCAUUUUCAUCGCCACAUGGAACCAGAUCAAACUCCUGCCCCCGGAUCCACAAGACCUUGAAAGUGACUCAUUUCGCCAUGGGUCAACUAUAAAGUGGUAUGAAUGUUACAUUUUUCUGUGGAUGCUUGGGAGUAUGUUCCAAGAAAUCCGCGAAAUGGCCAAUCAUGGAGUUCGCGCGUACCUAAACGACGUUUGGAACUUUCUAGACUUCAUGAUCGCUGUUAUGUUUCUAAUCGCGACAACUGCGAGAAUGAACGAUGCUCUGGAGGUCUUUGAGUACAAGUCGGUCGAGCGAACGAAAUGGGAGUUUUACGACAACCUUUUAAUAUACGAAGCGUCGCUCUGCAUGGGAACUUUGGUUGCAGUUAACCGAAUUUUGCAUUACUUCCGUGCAAGCCGAUUAUUGGGAAAAUUGCAAAUGAGUUUGGGCUCGUCUUUCGGAGAAAUUGCUAAAUUCAUGGCACUGUUUUUAAUUAUGUACAUAUCGUUUGCUUCGGCCAUUAACUCCCUCUAUUGGAAAGAUCAGUACACAGUUAUAAACGCUUGCGAGUUACGUGAUGCAAUAAAUGGUACCAAAACCUUCACGAAAUGUCCAGAUAUGAUUAUGAACCGAGUAAAAAAGGGCGAGUUUCAAUUCACGACAUUAGGCGGUUGUCUUUACCAGCUAUACUGGACGCUUUUUGGCUACUCGGAUAUAGUUUUUGCCUCGAAAGUAUACGAAAAUUGGACUCUUCACACAUUUGUGGGUUCAAUUUUGUUCAUUCUUUUCAACUUUGUUGCUGUCGUUGUUCUAUUAAACGUGCUUAUUGGUAUGAUUACAAAAACUUUGGACAACAUUGAAGAAAAUAUUGACACGGAAUGGAAAUUCGCGAGGUCAAAUAUUUACCUGGAAUACAUUAGCGACUCAGAUUGUCUUCCAGCGCCCUUUAAUAUUUUCCCCUCACUUCGAAAUCUGAUGCUGUUGUUUGCAAAACUGUACAAAAUGUGUUACAAAAGUGAAAAGUUACUUCAUAUUGCCAAGCCGAAAUUGGCCGAGACGAGACGAAAGCAGCGGGAAAGCGAAGAAAGAUUGCCCGAUAUCAUUCGGGCAAUGAAAGACCAGUACAUGCGUAAUCAAAUGAAAGAAGCCGAAGAGGGCGAGGUCACACUGGAUGACCUUGACUCUUUGAAGAAUGACGUUUCCGGUCUGAAGUUCGAGGUUCUAAGUUACGUCCGAUGUGUUCCAUCGACCCUGGAUGCCAUGUGCAAACGGCAGAAUCAGCAGUUGCACGAAAUUGACUUUUUGCAGAAAAAGCAGCGUGAACAAUGGGAAGAAAUGUUGGCACACGAGACCCGAAUGCAAGAGAUGCGAAUGACACAUAGUAACGAAAUAGCCGAGUUGCGACAACGCCAAGACGAUUCGUUCGACUUUACGAGAAAGUUUACGAGUCAGAGAUUAGACGAAACGACUAAUUUUCAAACCCAGAAAGCCCAAGAAAAUCAAAAUGAGGCGAAAGAAAAAAUAAGCGAGGCAAAAGAUGAGCAAAUUUGUAAAGUGAACGACAUUUAUCUGCGCCAAAAUGAACAUUUUUCUGCAUUGAAAGAAGAGCAAAAUUUGAUUAAAUCAGUUCAGAAAGAAAACGCUGAGACUGCUUUGAAAAAUACGCUCAUGUUGAAAGAACUAAUAGAUUAUCAAGACCAAAAAACCACACAGUAUAAAAAAGAGCAGGACCAAAAAAUGGCUGAAAUGCAGCAAAAACAGUUCGAACUUAUCGAAAGUUUACGGAACGAAAGUCAAGUUAAACAUGAGUUUCAAGUCAAUAAUAUGAAGGAAAUUCACAACUUCCAACAAGAUAAUAUGAAAAAUCUUCAUAACGAACAAAUAACAAUGAUGAAACACAUGGAAACGGAGUAUAAAGAUCGAUUAAAUAGCGAAGUCUCAUGUUUGAAAGAGUUUUAUGAAACGAAAAUGGGUGAAUAUUUAUUGGCGCAGCAAACUAUAAUUUCUGAUCAAAGUAGGCUAAUCAAAGAUCUCUUGCGGGGAAUUGAAGAUCAUUUCACGCACGUUUCGACCAACAAUUCCGAAAAAAUUCUGGAAUCUCAGAAAAUGAUUCCGAAUAUGUUCCGAAACGAAGCACGAAUUGUAUGUCAAAGUAUGCAAGAUAUCUACAAUAACAAGCCUAUGUCCUUACCCGCGACUCCGAUUUUGCCGCGUGAACGAAUCAUGCCUACUAGAUUGCCCCAGCCUAAGUUUAGGUCGCCAAUACCUGUCAAUCAGGUCCGACCGUUUUCCUCUCAUUUUGACACUCCGAGGUCAAUAACCGGUUUGUCAAACUACAGCUCAACCAGUUCUUUAAACAGUAUUGGAGAGGGCUCCCUGGAUUCCAGUUUUCACCCCGGACCUUCGGCUAAUUUUAAUCACCUGGGUGGUAACUCGUACUCCUCUGCUUCCAAGCUAGCGAACGCGAUGGCGCCAUCUGCGAGCGGCAUUUUGAAACCCGCGAGUGGUGGGUCGGGUGGAACCUCUUGGCUACCGAGAUUCAAUAAAGUGAAAAACGGGAACUCUAAUCCAAGCUCAAGAAGAGCUUCAACUCAACAAAACGGAGGUUUAUAA